AGAUGUGACUGCUGUGUGGUGUGAGGGCCUCCUGGAACAGGGACCGUGCGCAGAUAUGGUUUCACAAGUAGAAAGAGGAAAGGAAAGACCAGAGAGAAUCCAGUAGGCCCGUGCAAAGCCCUGGGGAUCCCGGCCAUGGCCCAGCUGAACAUCAACGAGCUGCCUGAGGACAUCCUACUAGAGGUUUUCGACUACCUGCCAGCCCGCCAGCUACUGUGCUGUCGCCCUGUCUGCAGCAUGUGGCGGAACCUCAUCGACAUGGUGACCUUGUGGAAGCGCAAAUGCCUGCGGGAAGGCUUCCUCACCAAGGAAGGGGAUCAGACGGUGGCUGACUGGAAAAUCUUCUACUUCCUCCACAGCCUCCACCACAACCUCCUACAGAAUCCCUGUGCUGAAGAGGGCCUGGACUCAUGGCAGAUUGACGAAAAUGGAGGGCUCGAGUGGAAUGUGGAGACACUCCCCAGAGACUAUGGAGAGAACUUUCCCCACAGCGGAGUCACAAAAUACUUUGUCACAUUUUAUAUGAUGUGUCUCAAGUCGCAGCUGGUGGACCUCAAAGCCAAAGGCUACUGGGAUGAGCUGCUGGACCACUACCGGCCAGACAUUGUGGUGAAGGACUGGUUCGCACCCCGAGGUGAUUGUGGCUCCACCUAUAUAUUUAGAGUGCAUCUGACCUCCAAGAAACUCAUCCCCCUGGCAUCCUUUGAGCUGAAACCUCUGACAAUUCCCCAGUGGAACGACGCUAAGUGGAGGGAGGUCUCCUAUACUUUCUCAGACUACCCUCCCGGUGUGCGCUACAUCUUCUUCCAGCACGGGGGCCACGACACCCAGGGCUGGGCAGGCUGGUACGGCCCCCAUGUCACCAACAGCAGUGUCACAGUCAGCCCCACCAGAAGGACCCCAAAUCCACCCCCUCAGGGCAUGGCUUGAUCCUGUCUGGUCCCCACAGGGGGACUGGUCAAGGCUCAUGCAAGCCCACAGCCCAUUGGGACUUUCUUGUGCUGUAAUAAACAUUUUCAGUAAAA